CGGUGGCAGAAAACAAAGCUACAGGGGGUGCGGUCUGUCCUGUAGGCGAGGACGGAAGCGGAAAUUCGGCCAUCUCCUCGUACACUGAAGCUACAACAGGGUCAGUACACGCUCAAUUUGGAUAAUUUCUGCGCCGAGCUGUGGACAUUUUUCCCCACGUUCGUCCGUUCGAGCGAGUCUUUUUCCCGCUGCCCUGGAGCCGGACGUGUCCCCGCGGAAGCCCGAGCGGGGUGUCAGUCAUCUUAGCAGUUACGAAGUAGCAGCAGCAGCAGCAGCAGCAGCAGCUAGCUCGCUAUCUGCCACAGUGCUAAUCUGUCCUAGCACCAGCAGCAGCAGCAGCAGCAGCAACAGCAGCAGCAAGUGAUUUCUUUUAUCAGCUGGCAGUUCUCAUCUCCCUGCGUCUGCAGCUUUUGGACCCAAUGUUGCCGCGGGAAGAAACGGACAAGCCGAGACGUGACGCUCAAUGAAUGAGUGGUGGACAAGAUAGAGAGAGGAAACUGCGCCAGGAAGAGAGGCCCCCUGUUCUGCAUCACUCCUGUGUAACAGAUUGCAACAGAACUCAGCGGCCAGACCGUUGCCAUGUCGACCUCAUCGCUACGGCGACAAGUAAAGAAUAUUGUCCACAACUAUUCAGAGGCUGAAAUCAAGGUUAGAGAGGCGACGUCCAAUGACCCAUGGGGCCCCAGCAGCUCGCUCAUGUCAGAAAUUGCUGAUCUGACCUACAAUGUUGUGGCCUUCUCGGAAAUCAUGAGUAUGGUUUGGAAACGCCUCAACGACCAUGGCAAGAACUGGCGACAUGUGUACAAGGCUAUGACUCUUAUGGAGUACCUGAUUAAGACGGGUUCUGAACGUGUUGCCCAACAGUGCCGAGAGAACAUAUACGCAGUCCAGACCCUCAAAGAUUUCCAGUACAUAGACAGAGAUGGCAAAGACCAGGGCGUGAAUGUGCGAGAGAAAGCCAAACAGCUGGUGACACUCUUGAAAGAUGAAGAGAGAUUAAGAGAGGAGAGGAUCCACGCCCUCAAAACCAAAGAGAAGAUGGCACAGACCUCUAGUGCCUCCUCAGCACCAUCAGCACCCAGCCUUGGGGGCAGCCUAUCGCUGGGCUCCCACUCCGGAGGGGCGGACCCUGAGCAGGCUUGGCCGCAGAGCUCCGGAGAGGAAGAUCUGCAGCUCCAGCUGGCCUUAGCCAUGAGCAAAGAGGAGGCAGAGCAGAAUAGCACGGGCCCUCUGGAGGACGCAGAGUUCCACUAUGCACUCACACUCAGCAAAGAGAUCCACCAAAAGGAGGAGCGGCUGCGCCGAGGCGACGACCUGAGGCUGCAGAUGGCCAUCGAAGAGAGCAAGCGGGAGAAACCCAAACCUGAGGAGAGUGCCCUGAUGGAGCUGAGCGCUGUGGACCCCUGGGGAGGCCCCACCGCUGCCGCUGCUGCCGCCACCGCCACUGUGGGCUCUGCUGGCCCUUCACCGCCACCCACAGUUCCUGCCCCGGGUGCGUCGGGCCCCUGGGGCGCGGCCCCCACAGAUCCAUGGGGAGUACAGUCGCCCACGUCCCCCACCAGCUCCGACCCCUGGGGCGGGGGAGCCCCGCCCACCAUAGCUCCUCCCCCCGACCCCUGGGGAGAGACCUCCAACAGAGUGAACAACGUCGACCCGUGGGCCAGCUCAGCCGUGACCCCCCCCAGUGCUGACCCCUGGGGCCCCUCUGUGCCACCCAGCACUUCCUCCUCGGGGGGGCCAGUAGACCCCUGGGCAAGAGACGGGCCUGGCCCUGCCUCUGACCCUCUCACCUCCGACCUCUGGAGUGGCACCGCCAAACACACAAACGGCACAGGAGAUCCGGAGCGACGAGGCUCUUCGACGACAGGCGGCGACAGUACAGGUUCCCCCGUGCCCUUUGACCUGUCCUCCCUCGGUUCUUCGCUCCCUGUCCGCAAAACUCCAGAGUCGUUUCUCGGGCCGAACGCGGCCCUGGUCGACCUCGAUUCGCUGGUGUCAUCUAAACCCAAACCCAAGCAGCCGCCGCCUCCCUCCAUCUCGUCGUCCUCAGCGCACAACCCCUUCCUUCAGAACACAGGCUCCUCUCCUGUCCCUGGCAUGGCGGUGACUCCGGGCAGCACCAUCUCCAGCAGAGGCGUUUCCCCGACACCCGCGUCCUCCAACCCGUUCGGCGUGGCCCCCGCCAUGACCUCCAUCUCGCCCCAGCCGUCGUCGCUCGGCCUGAGCGGCCUCCGCACCAGCCCCGUGCCCCCCAACCCCAUGCUGGGCAUGGUGCAGCCGGGGAUGGGCAUGGGGCCGAUGGGCGUGGGCCUGGGCGGCCCGGGCCUGGGCCUGGGCAUGAUGCAGGCCAGCCCCAUGGGCAUGCCCUACGCCGGCCUGUCCCCCAUGGGCCCGCCCGCCUCGGCCCUGCUGGGCCCCGCAGGCGCGCCGACUCCUCAGCUGAUUUUGGGUGGGCCCGCUGGGACGGGGGGAGUGAUGGGGGCAGGAGGGGCAGUGGGAGGAGGCGGAGCAACGGGAGCGAGCACCAAUCCGUUUCUCCUUUGAGGAAGCGCCGCCGCUACUCCGCUCACCCUGCGGCCCCCUCCGUCGUACCUGCUGCCCCCGUCAUCCAUCCUCCCUCAACACAACUCGUGUCCACAAAGAGAAAUGUCUACAUCUCUAUAUUUAAAGAAAAAAAAAAAUCAACAUAUUUUGUUUGUUUUUUUCCUUUAUAAAGCAUUAUUUCAUUUCAGAUUAAUUUUUUUUUCACAUUUAGUUCCUUUCAUUUCAGUAUGGGUUACUUUGGGGUGGGAAAUAGAGAUCUAUUUAUUUUUGUUUUAAUCCAGUUCUGUAUCGUCCGUCAUGUCGUGGUUAUUUUUUUCCCCAGUCCUGUGUUGAAAUGAAGGAAAGUCUGCGAAGAGCGGAAGACUUUUGCAGUAGUGUCUCUCUAUCCUAACACCGCUGCACAGAAAGAGGGACGGAGAGAGAGAGAGAGGUGACAUAGCCACUAACAAACUGAGCAGACAAACUGUCGUACCAGCCUCUUCCUCUUUCCUCUCUUGACGAUGAAGAAAAAAACACUGAAUCACUGAAACGAAGCGAGCGCGUCGAAGGAUCAUUUCUGACAAAACUCCAGACUGAAACAUGGACUGAAAACCCUGCAUUAACAUUUCAGGCACAAUGUGAUCCAAUUAUUUCACUCGUAAUUUAAUUUAAUGUAAAUGUAAUUUAUUUUUUUCCAACUUUUUUUGGGAACAAAUAAACAAGGAGAAUCAUGUGGAGAUGCCAUUUAAAUCAAAUGUUUUUUAUUUUCUUCCUGAUUAUUGUAGAAAACUAAAGAAAGCGCCGACGUCUGCGGCCCGCCGGGGGAACCCUGUUGAGUGUGUGUGUGUGUGUGUGUGUGUGUGUGUCUGCUGCCAUGUAUGAGUGGGAAAUGCACAUUUGUGAGCCAGAAUGCCCGUCUCUGUGUACACGUAUCGGUGUCUGUCCCCAUUUCCCCUCAGUCCCGUCGCAUUUCAGCCCCUCAGAAAAAGGAAGAAAUGAAAACAUUAUUUUUGUUGUUGAAAAUCAUCACUUGCAUUGAUUUCAUGUUGGGAUCUCAGACAUGGUAUUAUAAGGGUCACGUGUUUUUCAGCCGAUGUUUCACUUUUUUUGGUUAAUCAGAGGUUUUCAUCUAAAUGCAUUUCAUAUUGGAUCGCGUUCAGGUGUUCCGUCACCACACUGUCCUUGUUUCACAACUCCCCCCCCUCUUUGCUCUGGGGGGGGGGAGAGAGCUACUGAUGAGUCUUUACAAUAAUUAAAAAAGAAUUAUUUCAGUGAAUGGAAGGAGAACAAAACAGGGACUUGGCAACAUGCUCCAUGCUGUUCUUUUAAUUUAGUUUGAUGAAUUUAUUGUUAUUUUAUAUCAACAAGAAAAAAAAAUCUUUUAUCGGGUAAGGUUGAAUUUUGUGUGGUGUUGACUGUGAACAUUCACAUUUGAAACGUUAAAAUGGG